AUUUGCGAUUUUUUUCUCCAAACGUCUAUUAAAAAAGUUGCAAUUAAGUUUUUUGUAGCUUUUUUCGCAAAUAUUUUUUCGUUUAUUUAUUUAAAUAAAAAUACAUAUAAAUUUAUAAACUCUAUAACUGCCUAAACACUUGUUGACAAGUGUCGUUUAUGAAUAAUUAUUUAAAUUAUUAGAAAAAAGAACUUUGAUAGUGCUCUUAAGAAAGUUAUAAAGAAGGAAAAAAAGAAAGCAAUUUGGCUUGGUGAGAAAACAUAAAGAAAAAGUUGGUGCAAUUUUGCAAACAUGUCGCAACCUGCUAAAAAUAUUUUAGUUCGUGUACAAUCUCCUGAGGGCAUAAAACGUAUUGAAAUUUCACCAAAGGCGAAUCUUAAAGAACUUUUUGAAUCAGUUCAAAAUGCUUUAAAAGUCGAUGGUUUUGGUCUGUUUAAGGAGAGAAAUUUUACGAAAGAGCUUUAUGCCAAUUCAACACAACAAAUAGGAACUCUACUCAAACAUGGCGAUAUGGUAUACCUAAAGCAGUUGGCUGGCACAUCAGCAAGACGCACUAGUACCACGGCGAUAGAUCAAUUUGAACAUGUUCCAGCCAAAGUAACUGAUAAUGAUUUUAAACCAACCACAAAAGUAGUCGAAGAUGAAGUUGAUCAAUUAUUGGCAAAAGAAGAUGGAUUAAUUAAAAGGGAAAGAGAUAGUAAAUUAUGCCGUCACCAAGCUAACGGCUGUUGUGUCAACUGUUCACCUCUUGAACCUUACAAUGAAACGUAUCUGAAGGAGCAAAAAAUUAAACAUCUCUCAUUUCAUUCGUACAUACGCAAACAAACAUCGGGCAUUGAUCGCGGCAAGUACAUGGUAUUCGAUGAUAUUAAUUGUCGUAUUAAGACCGGUUGCCGUGAACAUCCACCAUGGCCCAAGGGUAUCUGUUCUAAGUGUCAACCAUCGGCUAUAACAUUAAAUCGUCAAAUUUAUCGUCAUGUCGAUAAUGUCAUGUUUGAAAAUACCACAAUUGUAGAGAGAUUUUUAAAUUAUUGGCGUACUACGGGUCAUCAAAGAAUGGGUUUCCUUUAUGGUACAUAUGAAGUGAAUACAGAUGUACCCUUGGGUAUACGUGCUAAGGUGGCGGCAAUUUAUGAACCACCACAAGAAUCGACUAGGGACUCAAUAAAACUAUUGGAUGAUGAGGCUGCCGAAGAUAUUGAAGAGGUGGCCAAGGCUUUGGGUUUGAGAAAGAUUGGUUGGAUUUUUACUGAUUUAAUCACUGAUGAUCCGGCCGCCGGUACUGUUAAACAGUUACGCGGUAUUGAGACUCAUUUCUUAACCGCUCAGGAAUGCAUAAUGGCAGGUGAAUUGCAAAAUCGUCAUCCAAAUCCUUGCAAAUAUGCAUCGAAUGGUGUUUUUGGUUCGAAAUUUGUGACCGUCUGUGUUACAGGCGACAAAACCAAACAAGUCCAUAUGGAGGGUUAUGCUGUUUCAGCUCAAUGUAUGGCUUUAGUACGCGAUAAUUGUUUAAUACCAACUAAAGAUGCACCCGAAUUGGGUUAUGUACGCGAAUCGACUGAUAAACAAUAUGUUCCAGAUGUUUAUUAUAAGGUAAGUGAAAAUCUCUCUCUCUAAUAUUAAGCAAAUUUU